UAUAGAACGUUGUCAAGAUCCAGGACCGGAAGAAAGACUUAGCAAAUUUAACGUUUUCAAAUGCAAGACUAUCAGAGACAGACGUUGGGGCCGGUCGACUUCAGUAUCUACGUGCGGCGUUGAGAUGAAUAAGGAUCUUUUUAUAUAGUACCGAUACAGUAUAUAUGUAGCAACUGCAGUCGAAUUACCACAGUGAGACGCUUCCAAUGUACAAGGGUAUACUUCUGUCAGGGGUAGACCACUGUAGCAGAUGCAUCGCCUCCUGAUAAUCAACGGCACCCACUUCGCCAUCAAGACCUGGACUCUGAUCCCAAUGUCGUCCUCUCACAGCCUUCAGAGCCUGUCCCUUCAACCCAAGCAAUUAUUCUGCAUCCCUGGACCCUCAGGAGAACAAGCAACUUAUCACCACCUAGCAAUGAUUCAAUUCAAGAGGCUCCGGUGCCCUAAGCAGAAACAAAAAUGGGUGAGACGGGGAUCGAGAUGUCUAGUACUCUCAGACCUGGUGAUCAACAUUAUGGCGAAAAUGGAAGGGGAGGGAGUGGUAGAGAGGGAAGCAGGGCUGUUGAUAGAUGUCCUUGAUUGAUGGAGAAUACGUCCCUUCCACAGAGAAAAAUGAAGAAGAAAAGGCCGCCUUGAGAUUUUCCGCGC